AUGGAUGAAGACUGCGCCUUCACUUGGGGAGACGCCAACAAAGACGAAGUUAUGUGUGGGUCGACCCCUCCGGGAGGCGCUGGAGCUGCUUUCGGGUUUGACACCUCGCUGAGCCCUGCAGCUUCUGGUGGUCCUUCACUGUGUAGUAUUGAACCCAGCGGCAAUGAGGUUAACCCCUUCAUCAGUGAAUCUGAGUCCAAUGUGAUCGAGGACGAAUUUGAGGACGACUUGGAUGACCUAGAUGAUGACGAGAGUAUCAAGCCGGACUUCUGGUUCGAUAUUUGUCGUCCCCCUAGGGCCAGCGACAAGCUUGACUACGUUAACCUACUGUUGAACCCCGAGCACAAUACUGGCUAUAAUGGUUCUCACAUAUGGGAGGCCGUCGAUGCCGAGAACUGUGUGAGCAUAGGUCGAGGCUUAGGCACUGAUGGCUACUGUUAUGAGGAGCGUGUACUGCAACGACUGCUCUCGGGCAUGCACGAGGCUGUCACUAUACAGGUCUUGGCCAACUACUAUCCACCCAAAAAGGGGGAAGUUGCGUGGAAGCCGAAUAACGAGAAGUUUAUGGCUACAGUGGGCAAGCAUCCAGAGUGGCUGAAGAACCUCAACUUUGCUUAUUUGGUCACCUUGAGGGCCCUGCACAAGGCCAAACCUGUCCUCUACAAUUGGGAGUACUCCACUGGUGAACCGGUCGAUGACGAGAAUACUCAAAUGCUGAUGAAGCAUCUGCUGGACGCCUCUGAGAUGAAGCUCUGUACGCCUGUUUUCCAGGGCUUCGAUGAGGACAGUCUCUUCCCAGUGGACAGGGCGGAUAGACGCCAGCUAGCGGAGCAGUUCAAGUCGGUCUUCCAGAAUAUCACUGCUUUGACCAACUGUGUCCGAUGCCGUCGUUGUCGCCUACACUCGAAGGUCACUCUGCUGGGCUUGGGUACAGCCUUGAAGGUCCUGCUCACCCCGGACGUGUCUCUGCUGCCCUCGGCCCUCUCUCGAGAUGAAGUCGUCGCUCUGGUGAACACUGUGCAUAAGUUUCCCAUGGCCUGA